GACGUCACAUCCAUCCCCGUGAUUGGCUGUCUGCAACUGUCUGUCUUCCGGUGUGAGCGUAGGCCCUGCUGCUACCUGGCUGAGAAGUGCGGCGCUGGGUCUGGAGCUGCUGUUGAGAGCCCGGGCUCGGGGUUACGGACGCGUUGAUUGUAGAGAGCGGAGCACGGGCCGGAAGCAGCUGUUCUUCCCGGGAGUUGCGGCGUGGAAUAGGGCGACUCGGUGCCGGGGGAGAGGAUGAGUGCGGGUGCCGCGGUGCUGGAGCGAUAGUGGUUUCCCACACGCCCCCCAGGCCUGCCCCAGCCGCCGACAUGCUGAUAGAGAAUGUGGAGGCCUUUAAGACGUGGCUGGCCAAGUUACUGGAGCCCAUAUGUGAUGCAGACCCUUCAGCUCUAGCAAACUAUGUUAUCGCUUUGGUCAGGAAAGACAAAUCUGAAAAGGAACUAAAGGCCAUAUGUGCAGACCAACUGGAUGUUUUUCUACAAAAAGAAACCAAUGAUUUUGUUGAUAAACUUUUUGAGAGUUUGCACACAAAACAUUACCUUCCGUCUGAAGAACCAGUGAAAGAGGAGGAGAAGGUGGAGACCUCUGAAAAGUGCCAUCUGACUGUGUCGGGAACUGGCCAGGAGAACUUUGAAGAAGAGAGAGAAACCAGGAAAAAGAAGCACCCAAGCCCUCAACGAAACCGCUCUGAUUCCAGUGAGAGAAGGAUAAGAGAUAAAAAGAGAGAUGAUGGCAAGUGGCGAGAUUAUGACAGACAUCGAGACAAGUAUGAUUGGCGGGGAGGCAGAAGUAAAAGUCCUCCCAAAAACAAGGCUGCAAAUCGGAGCAGGAGCCACAGCAGAGGAAGGAGCAGGGAGCGAGACACUGCCAGGAGCAGAGUUUGUGCUUCCACAGAGCAUCGAGAGAGGCCUAAGUUUGACUCUGAAAGAACGGAUUUGGAGCCUGCAUACACCCCAGCCUUACAGCCAACCACCAGUACCACGGUGCAGCAGUAUUCCUCUGGUGGGCAAGCUAUACCCAGCACUGUGACUGUAAUCGCACCUGCUCACCACCCUGAGAGCACAACCGAGAUCUGGUCUAAUUACUAUAACAACCACAAUCCUCCCAAUUCGUUUAACAGAAACCCACCCCCUAAACGACGCUGCCGGGACUAUGAUGAACGGGGAUUUUGUGUCCUUGGUGAUCUCUGCCAAUAUGAUCACGGAAAUGACCCAUUGGUAGUAGAUGAGGUUUCGUUACCCAGUAUGAUUCCAUUUCCUCCGCCGCCUGGACUUCCACCACCUGGUAUUUUGAUGCCUCCUCUCCCUGCUCCAGCUCACAAUAUGAGAAUGCCAGUUCCUCGGCCUCUCAGCCAGCCACCGCCUCCUCCUGUCCACCCAGCUCCAAGGCUUCCAUUAACGCAUCCUUGCUUGCUAAAUAAUCGUGAACAGCCAGGAACAAGUAUUGUGCCCACUCUUGCACCAGUGGGAGGAAGAUUGCCUCCUCCAUUACCUCCUCAGAAUCUGCUCUACUCCGUAUCAGAACAUACAUAUGAGCCUGAUGGGUACAAUCCUGAAGCUCCAAGUCUAACAAAUACCAGUAGAACUGGAUACCGACAGUUUUUUACACGGACACAGACACAAAGGCCAAACUUGAUUGGGUUGACAUCAGUUAACUUGGAUACUGCACCAAGAGCCGCGAACAUUGUCAUAAAGACAGAGCCAUCACCACCUGCUCAUGUAAACAGUAAUAUCAACAGAGUGGUUGUUGAACCUGAAAGGAAAAGAGUACUUGGGAACAUGAAUGAUGGACCUUUAGCGAAGAAACCUUGGUUAGACAGGCAAGGAAACAACAUUCACAACAAACUAGGCUUUGUGAAAAAGUUUCAGUAUAACAAUACCAAACUUGAAGUUCGAAAGAUUCCUCAGGACCUAAACAACAUUACCAAACUGAAUGAGCACUUCAGCAAAUUUGGUACCAUUGUUAACAUACAGGUUGCUUUCCAAGGAGAUCCUGAAGGUGCACUCAUCCAGUACUUGACAAAUGAGGAAGCCAGGAGAGCGAUAUCUAGUACACAAGCAGUUUUAAACAACCGAUUUAUUCGGGUGCUGUGGCACAGGGAAAAUAAUGAGCAGCAGUCCUCUCAGCAGCCUCAACAGCAUUUGACGCACCACCAUACAGCACACACUAUUCAGAACACGCAGGCCUCUCUUCAAGCUGCUGGACAGGGGCACCUGCAAAAGGGAAUGUCCAAGCCUCUCACGCAGGGAUCCUAUGUCAUUAAUAAAUUACCUUCAAAACACCGCCUUGGAUCAGUAAGCGUCAGUCAGUCUGAUCCGAUGUAUGUGGCUCCUAACCAGAAUAGCUCAGUGGAGGAAACACCGACAUUACCACCUUCUCCAAGCCUUUCCAAAUCGGUUUACAGCUCAACUGGAUCAAAGCUGGACAAUAAGAAUACAGCUGUAACGAAGCCUGCGGAUGUGCAGGAUGCUGUGAAAAAGAAGCAGGAGGCCCUAAAACUCCAGCAGGACAUGAGAAAGAAAAAGCAAGAAAUGUUGGAAAAGCAAAUUGAGUAUCAGAAGAUGUUGAUAUCAAGGCUAGAGAAAAAUAAAAACAUGAAGGCUGAAGAGAGGACCGAGAUUAUGAAAACACUGAAAGAACUGGAUGAGAAGAUCUCUCAGGUCAAAGAUGAAUUAAAGACUCUUUCAGCCCCAUCAAAAGUAAAGUCUAAGACAGAGGCUCAGAAAGAGCUUUUGGAUGCAGAGAUGGACUUCCACAAGCGACUAUCCUCAGGAGAAGACACAACAGAACUAAGGAAAAAGCUCAGUCAGUUACAAGUUGAGGCUGCUCGUUUAGGACUCUUGCCUGCAGGCCGGGGGAAGACUUUAUCCGUGCAGAGCAGAGGUAGAGGAAGAGGCCGUGGAGGAAGGGGCAGAGGCUCAUUAAAUCACAUGGUCGUUGAUCAUCGUCCUAAAACAAUAUCUGUUGUUGGCUUUUACGAGAUGGAAAAAGAAGAGUUAUUGCAACAUUUCUCUAAAUUUGGUGACGUUGAUGACUUGAAGGAAGAGGAGUUUCCACCAACUGUAAUUUUAACAUUUAAGACGAGGCAGGAUGCUGAAAAUGCUGCUAAUCAAGGUUCAAAAUUUAAAGGUCGAAAACUUAUCGUUUGCUGGCACAAACCGAAGACGCCUUCCAUCUCCACAGGGAUAGAGGAGGAAGAGCCCAAGGAAGAGGAGGUAGUAACAUCAGACCCUUUUCUUCAUGAAGACGAUGAUGAGGAUGAAGAUGAAGACGAGUCUCGCUCCUGGCGAAGAUGAAAACACAAAUAAACAUUUGUACAUAGAAGUUAA